UUUGGGUACAGGAUCAUGAAUCGAAGACAUACGGAUGGUUUUAAUAUAUCUGGAAAUUGAGCUUGUAUCGUCACUCGUGUAGAAGUUGUAUGAGAAGCAAUUAUUUGUGGCGCAAUUGAGUUGUAUACGAUACCACAUUAUUGAGUAAGGACUGAAUAUUUUUUCCUUAGCAGCACUAGCGAGCUCGUCGCUCCACCGCAGAGCGGGGAUAAGUGGAGACUGUGCUGGUGACCACCUGCCGGUGGAUCCGUUCCGUGUCGCCAGCCAGAAGGAGAGAGGAGAGAUCAGGAGCCCUGUAAGGUGGUUCCGUACGACUGACUGAUGUGUCAUAUCAGAGACACAGAGACAUCCCUCUGAGGAGAACUGAAUUCUGGGAGUUUGGGGGGAGGCGUGUGUUCAGCAGAACAUGUUGGGCUCUGAGAAAGGAGUUGUGCAAGACUGGCUCUCGGAAUUUAAGACGUUGCCUGAAACCCAGAUCCCCAGCUAUGCGGGCAGCCUCCAUCUGAAGAAGUCCCUGGUCCCUGCACUCUACCACGUCAUCCGGGACCCCAACAAUGAGCUGCUGGAGCCAGUGUGCCACCAGUUAUUUGAGCUCUACCGCAGCUCUGAGGACCGGCUCUGCCGCUUCACGCUCCAGUUCCUGCCUGAGCUGGUUUGGGUGUACCUACGGGUCACGGCCAGCAGGGACCGCCAGAGUAACGGCUGCAUUGAAGCCCUCUUGCUGGGCAUCUACAACCUGGAGACUGUCGACAAAGAGGGAAAUGGAAAGCUGUUGUCCUUCACGAUCCCCUCCAUCUCCAAGCCAUCGAUAUACCACGAGCCGUCCAGUUUGGGGUCCUUGGCACUGACGGAGGGGGCCCUCAGCCACCACGACCUCAUCAAAGUGGUUUACUGUGGCCUGCACCCCCAGAGAGAGACGUUCACUGCCCAGAACAGGUUUGAGGUCCUCUGCUUCCUCAUGCUGUGCUACAACUCCGCGGUGGUCUACCUGCCGCCAUCCUCCUAUCAGUCAGUGUGCCGGAUGAGCUCACGGCUGUGUGUGUGUGGGUUUCCACGGCAGCAGCAGAAGCCAUGGCAGGAGCCCUGCAACCGUGUGCUGCUGGACCCUGAGUUCAUGGUGCAGAUGUUGACCGCUGUCUAUCACGCCAUAUACAAUGGUGAGUGGGAGCUGGGGAGAGAGGCCCUGGAUGACAUCCUCUACAGGGCUGAGCUGGAGCUGUACUCCCAGCCGCUUCUGGUGGCUAACGCUAUGAAGUGCUCCCUUCCUGCCAACGCCCCGGACGAUCCCCAGGGACGCAAAAUCCUGCAGGUGGAAGUGACUCCUACGGCGCGCCGAAUCUCUCUCACCGCCGUCACUGCCGCGUCCAUCCGUCGUCUCCGCUGGAAGAGAGAGGAUGCUGACGGUAUGAGUGGGGAAGACGAGUCCUUCACCCUGAACGACCCGGACGAGGGCUUCUCCUCCGGAGCCUCCAGCAGCAGCCAGCCUAGCGCCGCCAAGCCGGGGCCCGGGGCCGGGGGCCAGAGGGGCGGCAGCCUGAAGAAGGCCGUGGCUGGGCGUCUCUCCCGGGAGCGGGAGCGGGAGAGGGAGGCGGCUCCCGGGAGGCAGAGGGAGCUCUCCACCGACCCCCAGGCCGUGCUGCGUAGACAGCCCCGCCAGUCCCCGUCCCCGGCCCUCUCUCUGGACGCCGUGGAGCUCAGCCCCGUCAGGAAGCGCCUCAGCUACCCGGCCAGCCUGCCGCUGGCCCGAACCGGCAGCACCUCGUCCAGCAAGUCCUUCGACUGCACGAACAUGACCCUGAGCGGGAGCCAGGGCGGUGAGGGGCCGCUGGAGGGGGUUCUGGAGGGAGCGUCCGGGGGGGAGCGGCGCUUCUCCACGGCCAGCCUGCAGGAGGAGCGGCUGGGCCAGCCGGAGGACAGCCAGGACCUCCUCACGCCCAGCUCUCCCCUCUCCAGAGAGUCCCACUCGCCCAGCUUCAACAUGCAGCUCAUAUCCCAGGUGUAGCAGGGCAGCGGGGAGAGGGUGACGUCACAGGCAGGGGGGCUCCUCCGGCUGUCCUUUCUCUUCAGCUGCAGAAGUGACGGCGGGAGGUCAGGAGGAGCAGGCGGGUUCUCUGUAAAUUCAACCUAUGGAGAGGGACAGGGCUCCUCUGGCAGCCAAUGAGAGAAGUCAGUAAGUCACCUGGUGCAUAACUCCGCCCCACCGGUCUGCAGAAAGCUGUUCCAUCCAUCUUUUCUGACUAACCAGAGAAUUCAAUGUCCCUUUCUCUUAGAGCCCAAGACUUCAGAUGAAAACAAAUGGAAAAAAAACACGAUGCCUAUUAUUAUUGUUACUCACUAUUAGAAAAAUCAUUGUGGAUCUUCUGUAAUUUAGUCCCGAGAUAGUUUAUAUUUUGUAUGGAAUCAGCAAUAAGACUACCAAUGCUACUUGGAAAAGAAUGGGCGCUUCCAAUGCCUUUCUGUUUAACCUUGAGGUGAUGUGCAAUCUUCAAUUGAUUCUUUUUUAUUUUAAAUCUUUAUUUAUGAUCAACUUUUGAUCUGUCGAUAUGUCUUGUUGAAUAGAUCCCAAAGAGAGUUGUUUGAAUAAUUUUGUUCUUCAAUUUUUAUGAUGCUUUUUAGAAAACAAUCAGACCAAGAAAUACACUGGUUUUUAAUUUACUAAUUUGUACAAUAUUUAUAUUCUAAAUUCAUUAUAGACAAACUGGAAUAUCUUCCGGCAUUAAUUGCCCAAUUAUGUUUUUAUGUUAUUUUUUGUCCAAAUCAGUUGGACUAAUAACAAAACAAAAGCAGACUUGAGUGUUCAAAGUAUUCCACAGAUGACAGGGCAUUAGGGAACCUGGCUGAUUUCUACACAAAGUACAGUAAAUCCAUGUGAAUCCAUGUAAGUCCUGCCUCUGGCCCAUUGCAUGCUGAUAUAGGCUCCUGCCCCACCUGCAGCCCUGACCAGGAACAAGUGGGUUAAUGGUGGAUGGAUAGAUGGAUGGAUGGAUACAGCAGCACUACUGUACUGCACAUGCAGGAUGUUCGGCUGUAAAGCUUGUGUUGUCUGGAAGUCUUUCUGUAACGUGGCUUGCAACAGAUUUGUAUAUUUAACUGAUUUGUCUCUAGUUGACUGAAUGUCAAAUUACAAGCUACGUGCUGUCACCAAACAUCUGUUGUUGGAUAAGUGAUUGGACCGUUCCAAUUGUCCUGUUUCCCACAAGCCUUCCCUCUACCUCAUCCUGUGUUCGUCUGACACUCCAACCUAAAAUAGUAUCUCAUCUUUGGAAACUGUUUUCUCCUUAUUUUCUUUCUCUUGAAAGUCAUUACUGUACCAUGAAUUCCUUAUUGGGGAACUCCAGGGAAACUGCCAAGCUAAAUUCUGCAACCUCAUUUUACAUGAGGUGAUGGUUAAUACCGAGCUGAUCAGCAAAGACAUUUCAUGCUGUAUAUUAUUUCUAAUAUGGAAAAAGGAAACUAUUUCUCCUAUAUAUAAACAUAUAUCUGACUAACAGAAAUUGGUGGUGUAGAGUGAACAAUAUGCACUUAUGUAUGUAUGUAUGUCUGUUUGUAUGUAUGUGAUUUGUGGGUGUGGUGUGUAUACGUGUAUGUGGAUAUCUGUAUUUAUGUAAAUAUGUGUGUAUCACUUCAGAGCCUUUCUAUAAAUGUUGAUUCCUCUAAAAUAGUUUUUUAACAAACAGUGCGUUCUGACUGACCAAUGCGCACAGCACAAAAAAAAGGUUUUCCUUCCAUUUCCCCCUGACAUUUUUCUCCUCUUGCCAUCACUGCAACAUCCGACGUGCAUUUUGGAGGGUAGCAUGUUCACUGACAUGCACAAAAUGGCCGCCUAUUCAAUCCGUGAAAUUCCAUUACAAAUGCAGCACAUGAUGGUCUUCACAGUUGAUGCUGGGAGGUUGCAGGUGCACGAUUAACUAGUGGAGCUAUUGAGCAGUGAAGCAGGGUGCUAACCCAGACAAUGACAAUGUUGCUGCAAUGUUGUGGUAAUGUUGUAACAUUGAACAAACAUUUCAGUAACAUUGUGAGAACAUUGUGUUGGCUGGGAUGCUAGCAGCUGAAUCUGUCUACCCAGGUGACUCUGUGAGCAGUUAUGCAUAGCAUAUUAUUCCCCAAUGGCAGGGUCCGGCUACACUCCAAUCGGUACUCUGUGCGAGUGCCAUAGCUUGAUGUGAUACUUGGAAGUAUCUUUAUCGGAACUAAAGUGACCAGGACUACCGUAUUUAAAAUUCAUGUGUCGGCUCUGGUCACAUUAAUAUAAGGUAAUACAUUACUAUCAUCCAUUAAAACUGCAGUGCCUUCCUUUGCUGUUUGAAAGUGUAAUUCUGCACUGCUCAGAGAGUAAAAAGCUGUCUUUGUAAUCACCAUUCGAUGAUAGGACCAUUUCAUUUUUAUAGAUCUACUGGAGGUUGAAGCAUUUCUAUUGAAAAGCUAAGCUGCAUUAGCAUGGCUCUUGUUCAGCACCCCAGUAAUAAACCCAGUAACAAAUUUAAACAAACAGAUUUCUUUCUUUCUUAACAUUUGUUGUUCUUUACUGUAGUGUAAGGGGCCCUCACCCUACCAAUUUAAAACUAUUGGUAUGACAUAUGUGAUGUGUUAAUACGUGUCUUAUUCAGUGGAAUGUGAAUGGGAAGACUUCCCUUGGACCUGGCGUAUUGGUUCAGUGCACUUUAAAUUCUGUUUUCAGUAAAGCCCUUUCCCGACUAAAUAGAAUUCACUGCCAGUCUCAUUUUAAAGGUGGUGCUUGAAAUGAAUGCUCUCAGUGAAUUCAAAUUGGGAAUGUCUCAUGCUCCCUGUUUUACCAAUUGGGAGGGCAAUCAUUCCGCUGUCAGUUGCAGCCCAUCGCUAACAAAGCAAAGCUCAGCCUUUUCUAGUGCCACCCUCCCUUUUCACUUAGCUUCAGGACAUCCGCCAUUUUGGCUCCACUCUCCCAGUCAGCAUCAGCCUCAUUCUCUGUGUAUGUUGUCUCUAUGCGUGCACAUAAAAUGAACAGUAUUAGGUUAUACUGAGAUGUGUGCACUCUUUAAUGUGAUUGUGACCGAAGCUUUCUUUGUUUGAUGUUUAAUCUAAAUUAAACACAGUCAGAACGAAAACGGAAGCUCUCUCAAUCAGAUUCACCCACAAUUAAAGCACUUGUAAUGGGUAUGUUUUAACCUGUAUCAUGGUCUGGCGUUAUUAGAUACGGUAGCUUUGGAUGAAUCUGACUAUGACUGUUCAACACAAAGCUAGAUGGAGAUGCUCACUGUUUAGGCUUAUGUGGACAUUACUAGUACUCAUGACUGGUUGAAAUUCAGGAACCACUGAGCUUGAGUUAUUCUGAAUGGCACCAUCUCAUUGACAAGUCUGAUUGACUUAUAGUUUGUUCAGUACAACAUCUGUGUCAGACUGUGUCUGUGUUUCCCUGGGUGUGUGAGAUUAGAGCUGACAGACUGUGUCUGUAUUUCCCUGUGUGUGUGAGAUUAGAGCUGACAGACGGUGUCUGUGUUUCCUGUGUGUGUGAGAUUAGAGUUGAGAGACUGUGUCUGUGUUUCCCUGUGUGUGUGAGAUUAGAGCUGUCAGACUGUGGCUGUGUUUCCCUGUGUGUAUGAGAUUAGAGCUGACAGACUGUGUCUGUGUUUCCCUGUGUGUGUGAGAUUAGAGCUGACAGACUGUGUUGAGUGAAAGCUGUGCCUUUCCAUUGCACUUUAACCAAACAUCUUACCUAUCCUUUGAAUACGUCCACCUCCUAAACAAAACAUACAAGUGCUCAUAUGAUGAACACUAUUGACACCCUCAAUCUGUGUAUUUUAACUCAGGCAGGGGGACAGCUAUUUGCUUUGUUUUCUUUGAAAACCAAACAUUGCGACUUGCUGGAAGGUACGAAGAUUUGGGUCACUUAAGGGUCUCAAAUCUGGCAGUGCCCACCUGCUUGGGUUCUAAAAUUCAUAAAUUCUAUGCAACAUAUUUAAUAUUUAUUUUUGUUUUUAAACCUCUUUUUAUGAUUUUUUCCUGCUCUCUCAAUCUAGAAUACCCAAUUAUAUACUGGCCAACUUGCCCCAACACUACACCAUCUUCUGUGAGCUUCUGUGAGCAGCUAGCAGACUAGCUGGGUAUUCAUUCCAUACUGUACAAUGGAAAGGGGAAGACAAACUACCCUAUUCUCAGUAUUUGUGUGAGGGAGAAUGAGAGAGUGAGCAAGAGAAUGUGUGAUUUCAUACAGCUUCCACUGUGGUGAUAAUGAAAAAUGACUUGUGCAUGGAAUCCAUUCUCUUUGUAGCUGUAAAUUCAUAAUGGUAUGAUGCUGCUGGCACAUAAAUAAUAUAAUUAAUGAAUACAAUCUAACAUUCUAAUAACAUUGAUAUGUACACCAUUGUACCACUGAUGUUGAAAAUGAAUACAACUAUUUUAAAUCCUUGUAAAUAAAAAAAUGUACAGAGAAUAAAGUGACUGCAAUACAAAGAGAUAUGUCUAUCUGUAAAAUGUUAAAUAAAUAUUGUGUUGAUUCCAAAUA